CAUUCCUCGUCUUCUCGUCUCGCACUCUUCUGCGCUCUCAUCUAUCUUCAACUGCUAAACGCAAGACUCCAUUUUUUUGGAUUGAGGACCUAAAAAUGGCGGCAAUGGCAGCUCUGCAGAGCUCGUUCACGUCUCUUUCUCUCUCCUCCAGCUCCUUCAUGGGCCAACGCUUCUCUCCCCCUCUAUGCCCACCUCUGGUUAAAUCGACCGAGAAGCCUUUCUCCGUUGCUGCAAGGCUUAAGCGAUGGGAGCGCAAAGAGUGCAAGCCAAACAGCCUUCCCGUGAUACAGAAGAUGCACGUUAAACUUGGAGAUACGGUGAAAGUUAUAGCGGGGCACGACAAAGGUAAGAUCGGAGAGGUUUCCGAGAUUCUCAAGCAUAACAGCAAGAUCGUAGUGAAAGACAUUAACUUGAAGACUAAGCACGUGAAGAGCAGGACACAGGGCGAAUCCGGUCAGAUAAUCAAGGUUGAAGCACCGAUUCACAGCUCGAAUGUGAUGCUGUACUCGAAGGAGAAGCAAGUAACGAGUAGGGUCGGUCAUAAAACGCUAGACAAUGGAAAACGGGUUCGGUACCUUACUAAAACCGGCGAAAUUAUUGACAGUGCAGAGAACUGGAAAAGAGUGGUGAAAGAAAAGGAGAAACCAAAAGAAGCUGAAGCUGCUGCUGCUGCUUCUUAGCAGGCUGCCUUGAUUUUCUCUUCUUUCUGUUCUUUACCUCAUCUAUCUGAUAUGCCAAUUCACAUUUUGAAGCGAAUGUAAUGCUUAGAAUAACUUGAUUGUAAUGUUAAUUGAUGUGUAAAUUUUAUGAAUUUAGCCAUUUGGGCGAUUUGCUGCACUAAAUGUUGGAAAUAGGUUUUUCGACUUA